CUUUGCGUGUGGAGCACAGGAGGUUUCUCACUGUUGCUGCAAAGUGUUCACUGCUCGCACUCUGGGAAGAGAGCGAAGAGGAGGGAUGCAGUGAUCUCUGGAUGAUCAUCGGGCCUGUUGCAACCUGUAUUGAAACAACCGAUUUCAUAUGCUCUCUCCUGUCCUCACCUCUCAUAGAACACUGUCUUCUGCAAUAAAGUGAAUGCGUGAGCGUCACUGAUUUAAUUUUUCCCUUCUAGCAGGAAAAGGGCCCUGUUUCCACGGAGGCUUCCAGCCGCGCCGGCGGCGGGGGCGGGGGCGUUGCUGUGCCUCCCCCGGGCCGGCUCGGGCCGCUGCCUGCGGCGGGGAUCGCCCUCGCCGCGCCCCACGCCCCCGGUUAUUGAUGGUGGCGGCCGCCGCCCGCCCCGCGCCUCCCGCCCGCUCCCCCUCUCUCCCCGGCGCUGCCGCAGAGGCUCCACCGCAACGCGAAGCCCACACAGCCGCUCCGGUCCGCCCCUCCUCUGGUCUGUCACGCUCGGCGGCUCCUCCGAGAGGCUCCGCUCGCUCCCUCCCGCAGCUGCACGCCGCCAGCAGGAGCAGCGGCAGCGGGAGCGGAGGGAGCAGCCCCGGCUCUCCGCCGCCUGCCCCCCGGUUGAAUAUUACAGUUUCACUUGUACCUGGGCUUUUUCCACUGAUGUCCAACACCCAAUAGACAUUCCAAACAAUAUUUGGCAGGUACUUUUGCAGCCUAACAGCAGUCCUUCUUUGACACAGGAUGGAGGACACCUACAAGGACAGGACUUCACUAGUGAAAGGGGCCAAAGAUAUUGCUAAAGAGGUGAAGAGGCAAGCAGUGAAAAAAGUUAAUAAAGCAGUUGACAAAGCCCAGGAUGGCUACACACAGAGGUCCUACAGUCGAUUCCAGGAUGAGGAAGAUGAUGAUGAUUACUAUGGCCAAGGAGGAAGUUACGGUGUAGAAGCUAAUGAUGAUGAAGGAUCAAGUGAAGCAACUGAAGGACAUGAUGAAGAUGAUGAAAUUUAUGAAGGAGAGUAUCAGGGAAUCCCCAACAUGGGGCAGGGUAAGGAUGACAUGGCAGCCUUAAGUCAGUCUGUGCGUGAUGAAUACAAGGAUCGUCAUGAACUGGAAACAGAGAGGAAAGCUGAUGAAGAAGAGCUGGCACAGCAAUAUGAAUUGAUAAUACAAGAAUGUGGCCAUGGUCGUUUCCAGUGGGCCCUCUUCUUUGUGCUAGGAAUGGCCCUAAUGGCUGAUGGGGUUGAAGUGUUUGUGGUUGGAUUUGUGUUGCCCAGUGCUGAAACAGAUAUGUGUAUACCCAAUUCUGGAUCAGGAUGGCUUGGGAGCAUCGUGUACCUUGGGAUGAUGGUGGGGGCAUUCUUCUGGGGAGGCUUGGCCGACAAGGUGGGAAGGAGACAAUCACUCCUGAUAUGUAUGUCUGUCAAUGGAUUCUUUGCCUUCCUUUCAUCCUUUGUCCAGGGCUAUGGCUUCUUCCUCUUCUGUCGCUUGUUUUCUGGAUUUGGGAUCGGUGGAACCAUGCCAACAGUCUUCUCCUAUUUUUCGGAAGUGCUCGCUAGGGAGAAACGAGGUGAACACCUGAGCUGGCUCUGCAUGUUUUGGAUGAUUGGUGGCAUCUACGCUUCCGCAAUGGCUUGGGCAAUAAUUCCUCAUUAUGGAUGGAGUUUCAGCAUGGGCUCUGCCUACCAGUUCCACAGCUGGCGAGUAUUUGUGAUUGUCUGUGCACUGCCUUGUGUCUCUUCUGUGGUUGCCCUCACCUUUAUGCCGGAAAGCCCACGGUUCCUGCUGGAGGUUGGAAAACAUGAUGAAGCUUGGAUGAUACUCAAGCAAAUUCAUGACACAAACAUGCGUGCUCGUGGUCAGCCCGAGAAAGUAUUCACUGUUACCAGAAUCAAAACACCUAAACAGAUAGAUGAGCUCAUAGAAAUUGAGAGCGAUACUGGAACUUGGUACAGGAGGUGUUUCGUUAGAAUCCGCACAGAGCUGUAUGGUAUUUGGUUGACAUUUAUGAGAUGCUUCAACUACCCAGUGAAGGAUAAUACAAUCAAACUUACUGCUGUGUGGUUCACCCUGUCUUUUGGCUACUAUGGCUUAUCUGUCUGGUUUCCUGAUGUCAUUAAACAUCUGCAGUCAGAUGAGUAUGCAUCCCGAGUGAAACAUUUCCGCAACGAGGAGGUCUCACAUUUCGUCUUCAACUUCACACUGGAAAAUCAGAUUCACAGCAACGGAGAAUACAUCAAUGACAGGUUUAUUAUGAUGAAGUUUAAAUCAGUAACCUUUGAAGAUUCACUUUUUAAGAACUGUGUUUUUGAAGACAUCACUUCACUGAACACAUACUUCAGGAACUGUACUUUCGUGAAUACCACCUUCUACAACACAGAUCUCGAGCAGUAUAAAUUUGUUGACAGUGAAUUGAUAAAUUGCACAUUUUUUCACGUCAGGACAGGAUGCCAGAUUUCUUUUGAUGAUGACUACAGUGCCUACUGGAUCUACUUUGUUAAUUUCCUGGGAACUUUGGCAGUGUUACCAGGAAACAUUGUGUCUGCUCUCCUGAUGGAUAGAAUAGGACGGUUAACAAUGCUAGGUGGUUCCAUGGUUCUUUCUGGCAUCAGCUGUUUUUUCCUGUGGUUUGGGACCAGCGAAUCCAUGAUGAUAGGUAUGCUGUGCCUCUACAAUGGCCUCACCAUCUCAGCAUGGAACUCUCUAGAUGUUAUUACUGUGGAGCUGUAUCCUACAGACAGAAGGGCAACAGGCUUUGGCUUUCUGAAUGCACUAUGCAAAGCUGCAGCUGUACUUGGAAACCUAAUAUUUGGUUCCCUUGUUGGUAUCACCAAAGCAAUCCCUAUUCUCCUUGCUUCUACUGUUCUAGUAUGUGGAGGUCUGGUAGGACUUCGGCUUCCUGAUACAAGAACCCAGGUGUUGAUGUAAAUGGAAAAAACAUUCACUAUUUAUUUCCUUCUCUGUACAAAUGUCAUUCUCCUGACUGAUGGUGCAAAGGCUUCAGAUUCUCAACACACAGUAGAGUGCACAAAUGUCAGAAAUCAAACCCAAAAGAUAUUUUGAAGUAGCAGAGAUUUAGCAACCUCUGUAUGAAAGUUUUAAAUUUCACUUUUGUUUGCUUGCAUACUUUGUUAUUCAAACCCAUUUCACUUUGAAGUGCAAAGCUACCUCUUACAACAGUUUUGGUGACAUAUCCAAGAAGGUAAAAACCAUACUGAUAAUUAGAUAUUUAAAAUGCAAGCAGUCAGAUUAUUUCAAAAACACAUGGUCAAUUUGGCCGUGGCAUUGUCGGCUUUAGUAACAGUACAGACGUGCAAGUCAGUUACUUAGCAGUAUUGGCGCAGGGAAUGUUAAUGUAUCAAUGCAUGCAGCAUUUAUCAGGAAACUCAACUGAUUGCAUCAGUACUGGGAACAGUGACCUUCUGCAGCUGUGCUUAGGUGAUAAAAACUCAUGGCAAUGACUCUUCCUUGGGAAACAUUUUUAGGCAGAUUCAAUCUAAGCAAAGAUUACUGCACCCCAUACUGACUGAGGAGAAGGCAACAGCAAGUGCAGGGAAUUUAAAGGUCCAUACAGGUAUGCAGCAGAGAGAAUAACAAAGUUAACAUUGUCACUUUUUGCUGCUGAUGCUCCAGAAAACUUAUGUUUUAUUCUCACUUGUGGCAUCUGGAUUUUUUUUUCAUUUAAAACAGUGAAUUUGUCUUCUUCCGGGAAUGAAUAAAUACAAAUAGUUUUGCUGUUGUUAGUAAGAAUAAAGGAAGAACCAGGCCAUUGAACUAUAAGGAUGAUACUUUCAGAGAUUUAUUUAGAAUAUAUAUAUAUAAAGACCUUAAUUACUUUCAUAGUUUCUAUACUUCUUAAUAUAACCAUUUUCUCGGCUAAUUUUUAAUAGUUCCAGAAAUGUCUGACCACUUGAUAUUUUCAAAUGUCUCUUUGAAAAGCCACUAAGAAAUAAGCCAUGGCAAGACUGCAGGGAAUAGUAAUGCUUUUAUUAGACCAAGUGCAUAGAUGGAAAACAAAUGAUAGUAAAUACAUUCUUUCUAUGCUGUGGACUGUUCUGAUUUAUGGAAAAUUCCCCAUCAGUCCUAAUGCUAUGCAAGAAGUUAUGGGACCUCUUUAAAAAAUCAGCAUUACAAAUUUAAUACAGAUACAUUUAUAAAAUCAUCAAAGAAAAGAGGCAGAUCCUCUGAUGACAAAAAUUUGCUUUGCUUUCAGUGGAGCUAAGACAACUUAUAUCUGCUGAUUAACUAUCUGCGGUUUCAAGUGUGAAAUAACAAAUUUUCUAUAAAACAUAUGGAAAAUUUUAUUCAGUAUUUUUUUCUCAUUAUGUCUGACAGCAUUUAUUAGAUAGAUGAAUCAUUGCCAAGCAACUAAGCUUUCAAAUAAGGUCAUCAUAUAAUAAGCCAGACCUUUUUAAAUUGAUUUUUCUCUUGUUCUUAGAUGUGAACUUGGAUUUAGGUAGUAAUAUGGCGCACUGCAGUCUUUAUCAGUCAUCAUCGUUGUCAUAUUGAAAGAAUCAGUAAAGAUAGAUCAUUCAACGUAUUCAUAGUUCACUGUUUAAUCUAUUGAUUUUAGAAGUGACAUUUUCAGUUACUAACAAAUGCCUCUGCUACACAUUGUAGCACAAAAAGUCUUAGCCCAAGAUGCUGUUUUCUCCUACGAAAUGAGAAAAUUGGCAGAAUUUAAAGAGCAUGAGUAUGGAAAACUAGGGGACAUUAUUUUGAUGUUGGUCAUUUAAAAAAAAAGUUUAGCAAGUGUGUUUAUUUUGGAGUUUUAAGAUGAAGAUAUUUGAGAAUACAUAUUUUUAUGUUUAAAUCUGACUUUGACAUGACUCUUAAAUUUCUAAACUAUUCUAAUAAAUGAGGAAGAACUCAUUUCACUAAGGUCUAGAAAAAAAUUCUGGCCUUAGUUUUGCAUCUGUGGCCUUUUUUCCACCAAUCAUAGCCUUAAUAUUAUUUAAGGCUGUUUUCUACAAUUAAUAUUAUAUUUGAGCCAUUUUUCUCUGUGCAAUUCAUUAGUAGCACAUGUUCAACUACUUGCACAUACUGCACAAGUUAUUUUGAAAUCUGAAGCCUCUGUACAUAUUUGGAGUAAACACCAACAACAAUGGUAAAAUAUUGCUUUGUCUUGCACUGUCCUCUUGCAGUAGUAUAUUCUGUCCAUCUCUGCAUGUAAUUCCUGUAACACUCACAUGCAGCACUUCAUACCUUCUGACCAGCUUGAAGGAAUUGGGUCACAGAAAAAAAGUAUUCAGCAUCUGAGGGCUAUGAUUCAAGUUUAACACUCUAAAUCUCCAACAUGUAAAAUUAUGUUGAUUUCAGUGUUGGUCUUAACAUAAAUCCUGACUAUAUCAUAGGUCUGUGAUUAAGUCUGGAUGAAAUGAAAUGUAGCAACAACAGGAAUUAGCAGAGAUUUUUAAAAAUGGACACUGCAUGGUCCAGAAUGAUAAUGUUCUGAGGUAGAAAAAAGAAAAAGGAAUAGUGGGUAGGAACUGGGAGAAUAAGUAAAUUAAAGAGAUGGACAAAGAAAGAGAACAAGAAUAAUUCCAAGAUAUGAAACAAAACCAAAAGUUAGAAUUUUCCUAGAUGGCAAGCUGGCUGGCUCAACAGAUUUGAGCUAGUGUGCGUGCCAACAUCAAAGUUGUUUGAAUAUUCAAUAGUUUUUGCUUGAGCACAGUAAAGAUUUAUCUCAUAAAGACAAAAAAGUGAAUGCAAUUUCACACUAUAAAUAACUUUGUGAGAUAGGUGAAAUCCACAGACGGGAACAGACAUCUGAACACAAAUGUUACUCACACUAUAAGUAAUUUGACUGGUCUUCAGCAAUUCUGUCUUUUCUUGCAGCCUCCAAAGCAAUCACAGGUAAUAAAUAUUGAACAGAAGGACCUGCACUUUCUUUCUAUGUCUAUUCACUUAUAUGUCACACAGAGAAUCACUUAGUGGCAUGGCUAGAUUCCUAAUAUACCAGACAGAAGCAAACUUGAUGGCAUUUGUGUAUUACAGUUAUAAAACCUAUGUAAUCAAAACUGCUUAUUUGUCUGUUUUGGUCACAGACACAGAACUGACUGACUGCUAACUAGAAAUCCUUGUCAGUCUAAACUGAAGUAGGAUAUAACAUCUAGGAAUUUUCUGUGCAGCUGAAAAAGCUCAUCUCAUCAAGCAGAAAUGACAAAAAGCACAAUGACCCCUGAAAACAUAUAAGACUCAUGGCAUUUAGAAUGCUAUUAACCAUAACUGUCAAAUAUUUUGAAAUUUGGAAACUGUCCACAAAAGAGACCACAUGUUUUCAUUUUUGGCAAGGAAAUUUUAUUUGAAUUAGUUUCACUCCUUACAGGUUGUGUAAUAGUAGAACUUGAUUUAGCAGACUCUAAUUUCUUGAAAGCAUCUUAUUUACCGUAGUAGUACUCUUUAACCAGCCUGGUUAUGUCCAUGCUAGCAUCCUGCUGCUUGGAAGCAUGCGCUACAACAUUUGGGAACCACUGCAUCGGUUGUUGAGUACAGGCUCCUAAAAAGGGAGCUAGGAAUAGAUUCAUAAUGGAGCACUCAACAUUGGUAAUUAAUGACCUACUGGGAAGCCUUCUUCCUCUUAGCUUGAUUUUAACCAGUUCCCUUACAGAGUUGUAUAGUACAAAAGCUGAGCAUUGAUGAAAAAGAGUUACCCCUCCUUCCUGAUGGCUCCAGUAGUCUACUUGUCCUUUAUCAUUUUAGGAAUAUGGAUCAAAGUUAAGAUUGCUAACUCAAGCUCUGCUUUCCAAAUUACUUUUCUUGCUAGGGGGACCAGCCUUAAAGAAAAUUAAAACUCUCUCACCUGCUUCUGAACAUUCAGUAAGAAUUUCCAUUACAUAUCUUUUGCAUUUUGGUUAUAACUUUUUAAAACAGUAUGUAAAGAAGCUUUAGAAGUCCUUCUGUGGGUGAAUCUCACCUUUUGAGACAGCCAGGCUCCACGUUUACCUGAAGGCUGACCUAAUAAAAGGAGAGGUGUCUUCUCAGAAUAGCGCCUGUUGAUCUCCUGAUUUGAGGGAAUCCUCUUGCCUGUGCACCUAGCUCAGCUCCAUUUGGAGGAAAAUUAUAUUUUGUAUUCUUUUUUUCUUUUAUCUACCACUGUGGAGCCUUACCUUUGUGUAACUGCUCUUGAGGCACAAUGCCGGAUACCAAUUCUCGGCAAAGUAAUAUAGUCCUCAGUCCCUCAUAUGGACAGCCUCUGUGUGCUAGGCUUUAGCUUUCUUCCCAUUCUGAGUUUUAAAUUAAUCUUCAUUGGUCAGAGAAAAAUGUUUACAUCCAGUCACACCUCUUUACCUAAACAAGAUGAUAUCAUGCUAAUACAACCUACAAGCCAUGUUUCCUGUUUAAUAACCUGGAAAUGCAAUUGAAAUUUCAAUUGUAAUGUUAAAAAAUGAAUCUUUGCACUCAGGGGGUCAAAGACACAAGAAGUAAAAACAGAAAUGUUCCACAUCCGCUGGUGUUUUGAAAGAAAACACAUGUUCAGUAAUCAUAUUCCAGAAGAAAACACAUCUGAGAGGCUGCUUUCUAUAUUUCCUGCCUUCUUGUUCAUUAAACUUACAGUAAAAUAUUAGGUAUUUGCCUGCAUUAGUACUUUCAAAUGCUGCAAGUUGAAAAAACACAGCAUGAAAAUACAGACUUCUGCUUGUACUUUCAAGGUAAGACAUGGUUCAGGUAAUAAUGUGAUAUUAGAAGAGACAUGUUAGCCAGAAAAUCUGGAACUCAGUUCAAAACAUGAACUAAAUGGAAAGUAUCAACUUAUAAUACUACUUGCAGAUCUCACUUACCUUCAUUUAACCUCACGUAGUCUACAACCAGUCCAUUUGCUGCUAUCAGCUUCAUUUGCUUUCUUCCAAUAAUUUCAGCAACUGCGGCAAAAUAUAUUUAGAUUCUCUAUCAUUAGGCGCCUUUUUUUUUAAUCCCACCCUAGCUGUAUAAGAUUGAUAUAUAAAAAAACAGAAGAAAGAUAAAUUGGGCCUGAUUUAUUUACUUUUCUUAUUAAACAUUUUGUUGAAUUAUGUACAAAGAUGCUGGCCUAUAAUAGGGAGUUCUAGGCCUUUGAAUACAUUCUGUGAAACUCAAAAUGAACAAAGCAGUAAUUUUCAGCAGUCUCUUCCCACAACAUACACAUGAGUUACAUUUAAUAGGACCAAAACACUUAGGGAAAAGUACAGUGCUUUCUAGGGUAAACAAUCUAUUCUCUUUGACAAAGGUCUAGAACACAUUGCUCGCUCCGGACCAGUACACAGUCUGAUAACUAAAGAUUGGAGAUUACAUAACAACAGGAGCAUUUGGGUGAGGAUGACCUGGCAUGAAAGUAUUGUUCUUUCCACCCAGGGUACUCAUGAGUAUACAUUUUAAUGACACAUAACCAAGAUGAUUUGUAGACACUUGUCCCUACUCUGGCCAUCAACACAUUUGAGUUGAAGCCAGACAUACCAGCCCACAAGUGAGAGAGAAAGUGAGAGAGAAAAAGAGCUGGCAGGCACUUUCAGCACUCUCUCCCACAGCUAGCCACCUAAGUUCAUUUCUCUUGGAUCCUAAGGAUCUGGUUUUUUGCUUAGCUUUCUACUUUCUAAUUUUGGACACCUACCACUUGCCAUUCAGUUUUCACAAGCAAUCACAACCAAGCAAGCUGAAGCUGCUGUAAUGCUAAAGGACAGCGCUCACAGCUCAUUGCAAAUGGAGUACUCUGCAAGAGUCCAGUGUCAUAUGUGUUGUUCCAGUUUCAUUUGUUGUCAAGCGAUAGAGUUGUUGGCUAGCACUUCUCCUGUACAAUUCUGCAUGUAUUCUUAUCUAUAAGUCAUGUCCUCUGUCCUCUUAAUGUCUGCCUUGUAUGACCACAUGUUUGCCAAUCCCCCACUGGCUAUGUGAUAAAAAUAUUUUGUGAAUCUUACAUGGGUCUGUCUUACCCAGUUAAAAAGAAGAGGGUUAGGAAAAAUACUGAAACAGAAUCAAAUUAAAUGUAAACAAUGAAGAGUAAUAGUUCAAGAAAUAGGCUUCAAUUAUUUUUAUUUUUUCAGAUGUUUUCUUCAAAUCCUAGCCUGAAGCUAUAUAAUAUUGCAUAUUGUAAAGAAAUAGUACACAGUUAGAAGUGAACACAUAUGUAGGUGAGUGGACACACACAUCUCUAUAACACAGAUGAAUCUUAAACUUUCAAGUCAUGUUCUCAUCUCUUUCUCCAUGACAGUGUUACUUUCUUCAUUGUGCAUUAUGUUUUGAACACAAAUAACAUCCUGCUCCAUUCCUUUUGCAGAAACCUUUACUUAUUCAUGUGCAAAAUUGUUGGGAUGCCAAGAGUCAUCUCAACUGGCCCUUAGCUUCCAGUCAUUGGAAGGGGAUUCCUGAAAUGAUCUGUAAAAUGAACUUUGACUUGGCUGUUGCCUUCCCCUGUCUGCCCAGCCCACCCUCCUUCCCCAUCACACUGUGCCAAACAUCAAAACAGCACAUCAUGCAAAGGCACUGGUGUUCCAGUGGCUAGGAGACACAGUACUCUCAGAUACAUAAACUCCUAAAAGCUAUAAAUUUUGUCUUAUUCAACCAAAAGGCCUUCAAAAUGGUCCAUGGGGAUAUCAACAUGCUAAUUUCUGUGUAAUGUAUGAGAAAAUGUAUGUGAUAUUCUGUAUUGUAUGUUUUUCAUUGUUUCUGCAUAUAUGGCUGCUGCUGUUCUAGUGAUGUGGUUAAAGAAUUAUCUGCUACUGUUCUUAUCAGCAAUUUUUGACCAGCCUGAAACAGAGCCAUUGCCAGGGUGUUUUUCAAUUAAUGAUUAACACCCAUGAAGAUCUUCUACAGUAAUUAGUGCCAUAUAAAGUCAUGGAUACUAUAAAUGAAGCCAAUCUAGGGUGAAAAUAGCCGCACAUACCCACCGACCAGUGACAGUGGAAAGAGCUCUUCCAAAAGCUCUGGCAUCUGCUACAUUUCUUCUUUGCUCUUUUCAGGAUGUUCACUCUCUGAAGUAUUCUUCCUCUGGUAGGGGACAUGCACUCAUGCUACAGAAGUAAGAAAGCAGAAGAAAGGGCAUAUUCCCUUCACAUGAAAGAACGUAUGUUUGCUAUAGGAAAGCCAGCUCUAUAAUAACAUUAAAACAAGCAAACCAUCCAACCCAAGCAGCUUGCGACUCUUUUUUAUCCCCAUGUCUCCUUUGAGUUGAUAAACUAAAUACCAGUGCUUACGAAACCUUUGGGAGGAGGCUAAGAAAGGCUUAUAUGAUAGUUCUUUUGGAAAGGAGGAGACCUUUCCAAUGAGUAAACACAUGCAAUGAAUGAAACCGUAGCAUAGUGCUUCUAAUUGUGAACACAAACAAGCAGUUUUAAGUAGAAAAGUAUCACUCAAAUCUAUAGCAGCAGUAGAUAGUACUACCUUUUAUACAGAAAUGUGUAAACAUAGAUUAAAAUCAAUGGCUUGGGAGAAAACGGAGAAUAUUUGAAGAGCUGCUUCAAAAACACAACCUCCCAUCAUCUCUUUUGGACAAACCUUUUAGUACUUUCCUGUUCCUUCCUGCUACCAAUCAUCCUAAUAUGGUGACUGAUUCUUUUAGUGCCUCACUAAUGAAAUGAAAGGCUAAAUUGACAUUUGCUCCUAACAAAAAUUGAGAGCAGGCAUGAAAUUAGCACUGUAGGAAAGCUAGCUCAUUUAUAAGAAUUUAAAAAAUGCCACAAGCCGCUAGUGUCUGCCUGCAUUUAUUGUCCUCCAAGUGGUUUAGGAUCCUACAGAGUGUUACAUGUCAGAAGCUUUGUAUGUGUAAUCUGAUCUCUAUUUAAAUCAGUGAAGCAAUUUUUUAGGGUCAGGAGCUUUGUCUUUCAAAUAUGAGAGGUAUAUGACUGUAUAUACUGCCAUGCUGGAAUUUCUAUUGUGAGAGAAAUGUGUUUUUUCAGCCCUUUUUUAGGAUGAAUAAUUUUAGCCUUGUUUUUCCUAUGAAUGUAGUGCUUCACAAACAUUAGAAGGAUUUCAGUACCAAUGCUAUAAGCUAAGUGAAUCAACUGGCAACUUCUUUUAAUCAUUUUCUACAGAAUAUUGUAUUAAAAACCCAAAUUAAACUUUAAAAAAUGCUGUAUUACCUUCAGCUGCACAACAUUGUGACAACUAAAUUGUAUCUCAUGUUUGCCCUCAAAUAUAUGCAGGAAUAUACCAUACAAAAUUAGAUGUUUUUUUUAAAUGGGCAGUUUCCAUUGCAGUGUAAUGACAUAUGUGCAGAAGUCAGGUAUCAAGGACGAGGUACAGAAAGUAGGGCUCUUGGUCUUCACUGCAACUUACUGGUAUUGUAAGGCUACUGACUUUCUCAAAAACUUGUUCCUUUUUUGUUUUCACUGCAAUUUAUUGGCAUUGUCAUUGGCAUCUUCUUAAAAACCUGAUAGCAUUUUCUAAUGCUAAGCAACAGAAGGAAAAAUAUGUUCUUUCCUAGUUUUUACAGUUAUUUCCUGUCCCCAGUUUCUGCUUCUAAACUUCCACUCAAAUUUCCAGCUGCUCUCAGCCAACUGGCCGUACCAUUUUUCAAGCAGUCUUCAGUGAACAAACACACCGAUAUGUCAGUGGUCAUGUGUUGUCAAGAAAAUCAUUACCAUUUCUGACAAUCUCCAUUUCUCAAUGCAAGGUAACAUGUACAUAUUGUAAAUACGGGUAAGAAGCUACUUUAAAGUUGAAUUGCCAUUUGAACAUGGGAAUUUGACUUCAGAUCUGCUAAUCUGCACCAAGAUCUUGGCAAUGGUCCUGACUUCUCUGUUUCUUUCUUUAUUUGUUUCCUUUACUGCUGUGUGCGCCUGGGAAGCAGGUUACAGUCAUCACUAUUGUAUCUAUGUGUUUGCAUGUGUGUGCCUUGAUAAAUUCUCUCUUUUGGAGUUCUGAAUUUUUCAUUUCAAGUCCAGCUGGUACAAUUGUGAACUCAUCUUUCCAGUAUCUUCAUCUGUGUAGAAUUGCCAGCUUCCAAAAUGUUUGACCAAGUGUUUUGAUUAAGUCCUCUGAGGAAAGCUGUCUGUAUAUUUGUGAAAGGGCAUGCUCUGUGUAGGAUGACUGUGUACAGUAUAAAUCUAUAAAAUGUGGAAGUGUUUAUAAAUUUAUCUGCAAAAUAUUUAUCAUCUGUGAAACAAAUGCAAAGUUAUUUAGUGUACAUCAGAUUAAUAAAUGGGGAUGAUUUUUUGCUCUGCUAUAUUAAAAUAAAGAUAUGUUCUCUGCAAUGAAUACA